GAUACCAAUGAUCUGCAAUGAUACGGAUGAGGUAGAUCCGAAUCCUCAACUCUUGCUAUUAUUCAACCACUAUCAUGUCUGGAAGACUCCAAAGUAAAACUGCGCUGAUCACUGGUGCUGGAUCUGGAAUUGGACUCGAAUCAUCUCUCCUUUUUGCUCAGGAAGGUGCCAACGUUCUGCUGGCUGAUAUCAACCUUGCUGCAGUAGAGAAAGCGACAGCACUCGUUCAACAGCGUUUCCCCAACAUCAAGGCUUUAGCUGUGAAAGCCGAUGUAGGGAAGGAGGCCGAUAUUAAAGCAGCCGUAGACCUAGCGGUUAGCGAGUUUGGAAGGUUGGAUGUCAUGUUUAAUAAUGCUGGAAUAAUGCACCCUGAGGACGACAAUGCAUUGAACACAGAGGAGCGCAUCUGGGACCUCACCAUGCAAAUCAACCUCAAGGGUGUUUGGUGGGGCUGCAAGUAUGCAAUCCUCGCAAUGCGCCAGAACCCCGUUGAUGAAGCGAGAGGACUUCACACUGGAGGCAGCAUUAUUAACACUGCCAGUUUCGUAGCAAUAAUGGGUGCAGCGACUCCUCAGCUAGCUUACACCGCGUCGAAAGGUGGUGUCCUUGCCAUGACUAGGGAAUUGGCUAUGGUUCAUGCCAGAGAAGGUAUCCGAAUCAACUCUCUCUGCCCCGGCCCUCUGAAAACGCCACUAUUAAUGGAUUUUCUCAAUACCCCUGAGAAACGCGAUCGUCGUCUUGUUCAUCUUCCGAUGGGUCGCUUUGGUGAGGCUGUAGAGCUAGCAAAAGCAGCCCUGUUUUUGGCCAGCGACGAAAGCAGCUAUAUGACGGGGACGGAUUUCAAGGUCGACGGAGGUCUUACCUCUGCCUACGUGACUCCUCUCGGAGAACCGGUGCUACCACCCCCUGCAAGUCUUGUGUAAGAACAUUUUCCAUGAGCAAGUAAAGAUACCAGAUAAUGACUGAAGCUCUCUGAACUGUAACUGAAUACGUAUUCCCAAAAACCAAGGCGAUUUUACUAAGAUCAGGACUUAAAGCUUAAAUAAUUAUCCUCAGUCAAGUAUAAUCCUUAUUACGGUGCUGAUUCGCUCGUAUGU